CUUGCGGAAAAUUAAACGUGCUCAGCAACACGCUGCUUUUUGUGCAGAGUUAACCCACUAAGUUCGCGACGCAGGAAGUUCAGAACCACUUGACUGGAACAAAACCGCAAGAUUUGGUCCGUCCAACUUCAAGAGGUCUUUGUGCGUGUUGAAGCUUCGGAGCAUACUUAUCUUAGCUUAGAUAGUUUAACUUAGCUUAGCUUGCGAACACAUACCAACAACGUGGUUCGACGCUUGAACAUCAAGUUGGAGCCUUCUAAAGUGUGAAAUGCGCGCAAGAACGACGCCAGCCGCAAAGUUCGAGGCGGAACUUUGUGGCGCAAACGAUCGGCGACAACAUCAACGCUCGACUUCUUGCAAAAUUCAAGUAAAAGUUGUGCCUUGCACACUACCAGAUCUAUAUGUCAGCCAAGCCCAUCGUCCUGCGCACCAGGGGUCUGCAUGCAUCAAGGAAGAGGAAGAGUCCGGAUCCAUCCAAGGUUUCAGCAAAUAUCUUAUUCCUGAGUGGCAUGAGUCUGAGUCUCCUGGCGUUAAAAAGGAAGUGGAGCAUCCGCAUAUGAAACAGGAAGAGCCAGAGCACCCUCAACAGCAAAAGACAGAAGUGCAACUUCCAAUCAAAAAGGAGGCGGUAGAGCCGCUAUACGUUAAAGAGGAGGACGAUAUCACCAUGUCGACUGGUGAGCCCUUGAAUGGCGAGGAUGGUUCGAGUGAGGCCAGCAGAGGGACGGAGCCUCCAAGCAGCAGCUCAACAGAAGGAUCGCAAGCACACAUUUUCAUCGCACCAUCAUAUAGAAGAGGCACCACAUCCCACUCACCUUACAGAGAUGAUGGUCAUAAGAAAUCUCACCUUGACAACAAACUCUGUAAAUGCUCUCAGUGUGGGAAAACCUUUGCUUAUAAGUAUACUUGUCGUAUGCAUAUGAGGAGCCACACAGGUGAAAAACCUUUUGUCUGCUCAGUUUGUGGUCAAAGAUUCGCUCAGAAGGACUACUUAACAAAAGACACAAGAACCCACACUGAUGAAAAUCCUUUUGUCUGCUCAAUUUGUGGUCAAAAAUUCACUCAGAAAUACAACUUAAACAGACACAGAAGAACCCACACUGAUGAAAAUCCUUUUGUCUGCUCAAUUUGUGGUCAAAAAUUCGCUCAGAAGUACAACUUAAACAGACACAGAAGAACCCACACUGAUGAAAAUCCUUUUGUCUGCUCAAUUUGUGGUCAAAAAUUCGCUCAGAAGUACAACUUAAACAGACACAGAAGAACCCAUACUGAUGAAAAUCCUUUUGUUUGCUCAAUUUGUGGUCAAAAAUUCGCUCAGAAGUACAACUUAAACAGACACAGAAGAACCCACACUGGUGAAAAACCUUUUUCCUGCUCAGUUUGUGGUCAAGGAUUCGCUCUAAAGCAACACUUAAUAAGCCACACAAGAACCCACACGGGUGAAAAGCCCUUUUCCUGCUCAGAUUGUGGUCAAAGAUUCACUCAAUAUUACCAUUUAAAAGUACACACAAGAACCCACACUGGUGAAAAACCUUUUUCCUGCUCAGUUUGUGGUCACAGUUUCACUGAAAAGAAAAACUUAAAAACACACAUGAGAACCCACACUGGCGAAAAACCUUUUUCCUGCUCAGUUUGUGGUCGAGGAUUCAGUCAUAAGUGUACCUUAAAUGUACACGCAAGAACCCACACUGGCGACAAACCUUUUUCCUGCUCAGUUUGUGGUUGAGGAUUCAGUCUUAAGAGUGCCUUAACUGUACACGCAAGAACCCACACUGGUGAAAAACCUUUUUCCUGCUCAGUUUGUGGUCAAAGAUUCGCUCAGAAAAAAUACCUUACACAACACACAAGAGACCACGCUGGAGUCAAAUCUUUUUCCAACUCAGUUUGUGGUGAAGGAUUCAGUUGCAAGAGCAACUUAAAGCAGUAAUGUGAAGUAAGGUUGGCCAACCAUGUUUUUGAAUAAUAUCAAUGGCUAAACAGUUAUAAGCAUAUUUUCGUUAUUUUUUUUUAACGCAACCCUUCCAGAUUGUUUAACCCAUAGCAACGCCCUUGACAACGAAAAUGCUUUUCUUCGGCAAUCUUUGGAAAUCUUCAGAAAUUAAGUCACACCGGGAAGUGCGAGGGAGGUCCGCCAUAGAACAGUAUUGUUUGUUGCAUUGCUUCUCGGUAAGAUGCCACGGCGGUGUGUGGCGAUGUUUUGUUCUCACUCAAACGAAAAGUUGUAUGGUGAUGAAACUUUUUAUUUCAAGCAUGCACACACAGACAUGUUGAUGUGGUAUGUACGAGUGGCCAAAGGACAGCAGGGCACGUAAAUGGACAUCUUUCGUUCGCACGGAGCGAAUGAAUUUCAGGCCAUCAUCGAGUAGUGUUCUCUGCUGCAAACACUUCGAAGAUGCCUGCUUCCUUAACCGGUCUGCUUAUGAUCAAGGAUUUGCCAAAAAGUGUGAUUUUUGGGUAGAUGACUGAUGACUUUGUCAAAGCAGAGCUUCCAACUGUUGUGGAAUGUACAGUAGAAGCUAGCGACGUUAGCCAAAACCCAACUCGUGGCAAUAGUCGUGGCGUAGUUGCUGUCCUGUUCGCUAGAGUUACGUCCCAAGGACGGCUCGCGAAGGGCGUAACAUAAAACGAGCCACACAAUUUCACAAAUGGCACAAAUUUAUUUACACAACAAACUCGCAAUGAAUAUGUACAAAAUGUGGAUGAAGCGCGGCUUCAGGGUAAGCCCAGGCUUAAACAACAAACAAAAUCUACACUUGAACCCCACCCGCUAAAGCCUGAGUUAUACUCCCGCGUUGCGGUGACGGCGUAGCGACUACGGCGUCAUUCGACAUUCGAUAGUUCUGCGGUGAGGGAACGCGUUGCUCUGUAAUUCACCGCCAAGCCACUAGAGGGAUGUGGCGUUAUGUUUGUACGGUUUUGGGGCAUGCUUGUUUACUUCCGCUAGUCGGAGAAAAAAUAAACAAUGCAAGAUGGAACUCUUGAAAGUAAAUAUUCUGCUCAUCAACACUGAAUAAAUAUUGAACAUACAAAUGUUGACGGGCAGGCGACGCAGAAGACGGUUUCGAGGCGGUCUGGCCGACUUUUGAUGCCGCACAGAGAGUUUUAGACUCGGGUGGAGAGAGCUAGCUGUGGCGGCUAGCUUCAAACUGGCGUCGAGCACUGCGUUCAAGGUCUGCAAAGCCCUCCAGCCUGAUUUGUUUGCCGUGUCCUACAACCAGCCAGUGGGAAGCCAUAGCAGAUUUCUGGCGUCUAGGGAACUUCCCAAACUGCGUUGGGAGGCUUGAUUUUAACGUUAUCAUAAAAAGCA